AUGAGUAAUGGAAUUAAACCAAGUGUGGCAGCUCUUAAUGCUCGUGAAUUGAUAGCACAAAAAGAUAGGAUAGAAAGUGAGAUCAACGAUUUCGAAGAAAUUUUAAGAGGACAAAAAGUAGGAAUGCACGAGCCACUAAUUGAUAAUUCAGGAUAUCCACGCGAUGAUAUUGAUUUGGUGGCAGUAAGGACGGCUCGUGCAAGAAUAAUUGCGUUACGAAACGAUCAUAAAGAAAUAAUGAACAAAAUAGAACGUGCUCUUCACGAAAUUCAUGCCGAAAAUCAGGCGAAUGGACGAACCGAAGAGAAAAAUAAUAGUUCUUCAGCAGAGACAGAAUCUUCACGACAACCGAGGCCUUUUGCAAUUGUAAACGCAAUUGCACCUGAUUCGCCAGCAAAAGAAGCGGGAUUACUGAAAAACGAUAAGAUCAUACGUUUCGGCUCAAUUCAUGCUGGUAAUCAUCAAAACUUACAAGCAUUAACAAUUCUGGUGUCCAACAGUGAAGGGGAAACUUUGGAUAUUACCAUUAUACGAGGAGAAUCCGAAUCUGAGCAAACACUUGUGCUAAAAUUGACACCUAGAAGAGGUUGGGGUGGGAGAGGACUACUGGGGUGUCAUAUCUUACCGAUCUAA